AUGGCAGACAGUGAGUCUAUAAAGAAAAUGCUGCGGUCUGUUCUUCAGUCCAGCAAGGCAGGUGUGUCUAUUAACAGCCUUCAGUCAGAGUACCGGUCACUGUGCGGAGAGUUCAUCCCGUUAAAGAAGCUGGGCUACUCAAAACUGGAGGAGUACCUCAGAAGUAUCCCCUCUGUGGUGCGGUUGGAGUACCGGAUGGGUGAGUUGAAAUGCUUUGCUGCAGUGUGCCAAGAGACGGCCCACAUUGCUGAACUGGUGGCCAGGCAGAAGAGCUCCAAGAAAUCUGGUCACUCGCAAGUCAUCAACUGCAAGAUGAGAUUCAAACCUUUCAACCCCUACAUGCUCAAUGUGAGGCCAAGGUCUUCUCUCCGUCAGCCCUCAGCUGCUGGUUCCUCUAACCGGCAGGCAAACCGUUCUCGGCCCCACGGUGGCUACAGAGGGUUCAGUGCGUCAGGGGACUACAGGCAGUUGGACCAAAGGUUCAGCUCCAUCACACCAGUCGAACACCGACAACCGGCUUCUCAACCAGUUGUGAAACAAUGUCCCAUGCCUGACAGGAAGGAGAAGAGCUUGGCAAACUUCCAGAAGCCUAAAGGUAUGACGGACCCUCUUGUAUUUUUCACAGAGAAGCCUCCUGUACAAGCCUCCAGACCCAACCAAUCGAAGUCUAGUCUGUAUGAUGUGGUGCUGGUGCAGAGCAGGAUAACUCGACUUCUGGAGAAGUAUUGCAGUGGACUUUGGAUGUCGAAAAUUUCAAAUGUCUACAGUGAAAUGUUCGGUCAGAAGCUCCACCCUCAGGUGCUCAUAGACCUCGAAAAAUGGACACACAUUUGUAUGGUGGAGCAACCCUCCUGCACCAACCGAGUUGACCGGCUGGUCUACCCUCCUCUGCCUCCCAAGCUUUCUGUUGUCCCUAGUAGUAGCGUCAAUGACUCCCCUCCAACAUCACCCACCAGUUCAAGUGCUAACACCACACAAAUUUCUUCAUGUCCCUCAACACCUGAAGAACUCUUCCCUCUCCUCUCUUCCCCUGUUCCUAAACCUAGGCUUUCUCCCAAAAGCCCCUUGGCUCAGCCAACUUUCAUUUUUCCUCCACAACCUGUUGCUGCCUCUUCAGGCAAGCUGUUGUCCUCAGUCACGUUGCACAGCCCUGUCCACAACCCAGUUCUUGCUCCACAACUAGCCCCACUCGCCAGUUUUGCAGUCAAGGCUGUUGCUUCCCCCAUCCAACCUGGUCCUGACAUUUUACCCCUUUUGGAGGUCACCUUUUCCCCGACCUCUGAUUCUCCCCCGAAAUCUUCUGCUGUCACUUUGUCAGCUGAGGUGCGUCAGAGAAUAAAGGAGCUUCUGUCCAAGUACAGUCUCGGUUUGUGGGCCCAUGCUUUACCUGAACUGUUUAUGGACACAUACAAGACGCCAUUUCCUGAGCAUGUUCUGGACAACUUGUCUCUUUUGCUGGAUAUGUGCACUGUGGAGUACCCCAUGCCAGGUAACAAGAACAAGGCCAUCCUGUAUAACGCCAGCAAAACAGACAUGGAAGCCACAGACAACCAAGAAAGCCAGCAGUUCAGAAGUCAACCCCUACCCUCUGGUCUAGAGGUCCUGGGACCUGUGAUUCCUCCCUGUCUGGUUCUUCCCUCAGAGCAGUAUCCUUCUGUGCUGAUUACUGAUGCUAAGAGCAGCAAUGCUGUUACUGUAAGGUAUGUCGGUGAGAACUACUCCAAUGCCCAGGAGGCCAUGGAGGACGCAAUGCGCUCUUUCUACAUCAAAGACUCCCCCCACCAACAUCUGUCUAAACCUGUUGUUGGUCAGCUGGUGGCAGUCAGAGGAGAGGAUGGAGAUGAGCUGGCCAGGGCUCAGGUCACAGAGGUUAUGGCCCCUAACAAAGUUAAGGUAUACUAUGUUGACUAUGGCUUUUCUGUGGAGACAAGUCUGAGUAAUCUGCUGGAGCUGCACCAGGAUUUCCUCUGUCUGCCCUUCCAGGCUACUGAUGUUCGACUCGCAGGUUUAGAGACUUUCAGCUCCCAUCCGCUGGUCCUGUCCUCCCUGGACAAGUUGGCAGUCGCAAAGAUACUGCUGAUGGAGACAUUAGAGCCAUGUCAACAGACGGACAUGCCUGUGGCAGUGCUGUAUGACACUUCGCAGGAUGAUGACGUCAACAUUAACUCCACCUGCCUCAAGACUCUGCAGGACAAGACUAUGAACAACCCUUUGACUGUAAAUGUUACCUAUCGGGAUGUGUGUGUCACAAAUGUGUGUGCAGAUGGCAUCAUCCACUGCCAGCUGCCCUCCAGAGGGACAGCAAGACUCAGCAGUUUACUGGAAAAAACAGAGGCCUUCUUCAUCUCCCAGAUGACAUCUGAAUCCCUGGUAUCCAGACCCUUCAGUGGCAAGUUUUGCCUAGCCCGCUACAAAGGAAAGUGGUCCAGAGUGGAGAUCACCAACAUGUACAGCAACAGAGUGAUGGAGAUCCUCUACAUUGACGUGGGUAUCCCAGCGACUGUAGAGGUGACUGAUCUCCGAGAGAUCCCGCCUCUUUUGCUCAAAGACUUCACCAUCAUCCCGCCACAGGCUAUCAAAUGCCGUCUGGCUGACCUCAAAUUUCCAGAGGGAGACUGGAGUCCAGAGGCUGUUCUGUGGGUGAAGGAGGCCGUCCUUGGCUCUCAAGACUGUAAAAUGAAGAUCUUGAAAUUAGACAAGCACAAAGGGGACUGGCUGGUCUAUAUGUACCUCUUCAUUGGUGCUGACAGUCAGGAACUGGACAAGAGCAUCAACUAUCAGCUGGCUCACUCAGAGUUGUGGCAGAAACUCACAACACAGAACAACAACUCAAUCAAAAGCAGUAACAGCGGCGAGCAUACAGGUCUCAGUGCUCUAGUGGAGAAGUUGACUCUGAGCAGCUUAGUCCACAACCCCGUUGUUAAGGCCUCAACCCAGCCUUGUCACAGAGCAGAGGACCCGUCUCUCCCGGACACAACCACCAAAACUGGGAAGCAGCCCCUUCAAAUGCCUCCCUCACUGGCGCUCCCCCAGCCUGGUCAGAAUAUUGAUGUGUUUGUGCCGGUGGCCUGCCACCCAGGUUACUUUGUGCUGCAGCCAUGGCAGGACCUGCAUAAGCUGGUGGUGUUGAUGGGGGAGAUGGUCCUCUAUUAUAACCGGACGUGGAAGACCAACACGACCACAGACAUCCAGAAAGGAGAUGUCUGUGCUGCCAAAAUAGACAAGAAUUGGCACCGUGUUCAGGUGAAAGGGAUUCUGGCCAAUGGGUUGGUGUCUGUCUAUGAGCUAGACCAUGGCAAACAUGAGCUGGUCCGUAGUUAUUCCAUCAAGCCCCUGAUAGAGGAAUUCAGACAGCUGCCCUUCCAGGCUAUCACUGCACAACUGGCAGGUGUGACACACCACCAGUGGUCAGAGGAGGCCUCCAUGUUGUUCAGAAACCACGUGGAGAAGCGAGCGCUGGUAGCUCACGUGGAGAGUGUGCGGGAGGUGUCAGACGUCAAAGGUGAGCUGUGGGACCACCGGUUGACAGUUUACCUGGUGGACACCACAUUGGAGGACAGGGACCUUUGGAUUCACAGCAUCAUGGCCGACAUCGGCGGUGACCUGUCUUCAGCUGCCUAG